UUGACUAAUCUAGUUUAUAAUUAUUAUGGUAUAGGACACAACUAUUUUCGUAAAUAUUCACUAGCUGUUCGCAGUGAAAAUAUUUGAAAAUGUCAGAAGAAAUGAUUAUGUCUACGAAUGAACAGGCAAUUAAAAUUGAGCCACCCGAAUAUUCAGCAGGGGACAUUAAAUGUGAAAUUGAGGAAGUUGAUGCCAUCGAUGCUAUUGUUAAAUCUGAAUCGUUUUCUGAAAAUGAUGAAACGUGUUCAGAAAGAUUUAUGAAUUCCGAGGUGAUAAUUGAAGAAGAAGUCAAACAGGAGUCUUAUGAAUGUGACACUUAUGAAUGUGAAAUAAAUGAUAAGACAUUUAAUAAUAAAGGCAGUGGAGAGCGUCUCCAUGAAUGCAAGAAAUGCAAUAAGGAAUUCACAGAAUUAGGUCAUCUGAAGAAACACAUGGUGACACACCGGGAAGUACGCUCGCAUGAGUGCAAUGUAUGCAAUAAAACGUUUACAAAUAAGGGUAAUCUGAAAAAUCACUUGCUUAUUCACAGUGGUGUUCGCCCCUAUGAUUGCAGUAUGUGCAAUAAAACAUUCAUAGAAUUAGGUCAUCUGAAAAGACACAUGCUCGUUCACAGUAGUGAGCGACCUCAUGAAUGCAACAUAUGCAAGAAGACAUUCACCGUAUUAGGUAAUCUGAAAAGCCACCUGCUCGUUCACAGUGGUGAGCGCUCCCAUGAAUGCAGCACAUGCAAGAAGACAUUUACACAUUCAAGUAGUCUCAAAAAUCACAUGCUUACUCACAGUGGUGAGCGCCCACAUGAAUGCAACAUAUGCAAGAAGACAUUCACACAAUCAGGUAAUCUGAAAAAACACCUGCUCACUCACAGUGGAAUUCGGUCCAAUGAAUGCAGUAUAUGCAAAAAGACAUUCACAGAAUUAGGUCAACUGAAGAGACACAUGCUCAUUCACAGUGGUGAACGCCCCCACAAAUGCAAUGUUUGCAAGAAACAAUUCCAACUAGUAGGUCAUCUGAAACAACACAUGUUGAUACACAGUGAUGUACGCCCAUAUGAAUGUAAUAUAUGCAAUAACACAUUCACACAAUUAAAUAAUCUGAAACGUCACAUGCUCGUUCACAGUGGUGAGCGUCCCCAUGAAUGCAACAUAUGCAAUAAGAAAUUCACAAACUCAAGCAAUCUGAAAAGUCACAUGCUCAUUCACAGUGGUGAGCGCCCCUAUGAAUGCAGCAUAUGCAAUAAGACAUAUAUCGGAAAAGGUAGUCUGAAAAAACACAUGAUGGUUCAUGACCGCAAGGCUCCUUAUAAAUGUGAUAUAUGCAAUAAGGGAUUUGCUCAAUCGAAUGAUUUGAAGCAACACAUGGCACAUCAUAGACAGAAAAGCGAUGAAAAUUAA